AUGAAGGUGUUUUCCAACACGGAAACGUUCGACUACUCGUGGGAGGAGGUGUCGACGGCCAACUGGCGGAAGUAUUGCCCAUGGAACGACAAGUCGACGCACGUCGUGGCCGUGGAUACAGUUAGCAGGACGGUGGACCCGGCGACGGGCAUCCUGCGGACGGAGAGGCUCAUCACAUGUAAGCAGUCGGCGCCGGACUGGCUCAAGAGCGUGAUGGGCGGGUGCAUGGCGGAUGAGAGCCACGUGUUCGAGACGUCGUACGUCGACCCGGCCACGCGCACCGUCACCAUGGUGUCGGCCAACCUGACGUGGAGCAAUCUCAUCAACGUGGAGGAGACGGUCGUCUACCGGCCGCUCAACGAGCACCAGACGCAGUUCAAGCAGGAGGCCAAGAUAACGGCACUCUGCGGCGGCUGGCAGCGCAUCAAGAACAACAUCGAAGACUCGCUCGUCAAGCGCUUCCGCGAGAACGCCAUCAAGGGCAAGGAGGGCUUCGAGGCUGUCCUCGAGAUGAGCCGGCGCGUGUUCGCCGAGGAGCGCGAGCGCGAGAAGAUGAGUACGAUCCGCGCGCAGGCCAGCCACAUCCGGAUGGCCCACGCUUCUUAG